AUGCAACCCCCGCGCGCCGCGCUGCUCCCGACACUGCUGCUGCUGUUCGCCCUGGGAGCCCGGGCGCAGCGGCCCGGCAGCUCGGCGUCCUUCCCCACUGGCCCUGGCUGCCCGGCGCGCUGCGAGUCCGCGCGCUGUGCCCCGCCGCCCGCCAACUGCGAGGCUGGCCGCGUCCGCGACGCCUGCGGCUGCUGCGAAGUGUGCGGCGCUGCUGAGGGCGCCGCGUGCGGCUUACAGGAGGGCCCGUGCGGCGAGGGACUGCAGUGCGUGGUGCCCUUCGGGGUCCCCGCCUCGGCUACCGUGCGGCGGCGCGCGCAGGCGGGUCUCUGCGUGUGCACCAGUCCCGAGCCAGUGUGCGGCAGCGACGGCAGCUCCUAUGCCAACCUGUGCCAGCUGCGCGCCGCCAGCCGCCGCGCCGAGAGUCUGCGCCAGCCUCCGGUCAUCGUCUUGCAGCGCGGCGCCUGCGGCCAAGGUCAGGAAGAUCCCAACAGUCUGCGCCACAAGUAUAACUUCAUUGCUGACGUGGUGGAGAAGAUCGCCCCGGCUGUGGUUCACAUCGAACUGUUUCGCAAGCUUCCUUUUUCUAAGAGGGAGGUGCCUGUGGCUAGUGGGUCGGGGUUCAUCGUGUCUGAAGAUGGACUGAUUGUGACCAACGCCCACGUGGUGACCAACAAGCACCGGGUCAAAGUGGAACUGAAGAACGGUGCCACCUACGAAGCCAAAAUCAAGGAUGUGGAUGAGAAGGCAGACAUUGCACUGAUUAAAAUCGACCACCAGGGCAAGCUGCCUGUCCUAUUGCUGGGUCGAUCCUCGGAGCUGCGUCCAGGAGAGUUCGUGGUUGCCAUUGGAAGCCCGUUUUCCUUGCAAAACACCGUCACCACUGGGAUUGUGAGCACCACCCAGAGAGGCGGCAAGGAGCUCGGGCUGCGGAACUCGGACAUGGACUACAUCCAGACCGAUGCCAUCAUCAAUUAUGGAAACUCGGGAGGCCCGCUGGUCAACCUGGACGGUGAAGUGAUCGGAAUUAACACUCUGAAGGUCACCGCUGGAAUCUCCUUUGCAAUCCCAUCGGAUAAAAUCAAAAAGUUCCUCACCGAAUCACAUGACAGACAGGCCAAAGGUAAAACUGUCACCAAGAAGAAGUACAUUGGCAUCCGCAUGAUGUCGCUCACAUCCAGUAAAGCCAAAGAACUGAAGGAUCGUCAUCGAGACUUCCCCGACGUGCUUUCCGGAGCGUACAUCAUUGAAGUCAUUCCCGAUACCCCGGCAGAAGCUGGCGGUCUCCAGGAAAGUGACGUCAUAAUCAGCAUCAAUGGACAGUCAGUGGUCUCUGCCAAUGAUGUCAGUGACGUCAUUAAAAAGGAAAGCACUCUGAACAUGGUGGUCCGCAGAGGCAAUGAAGACAUUAUGAUUACAGUGAUUCCCGAAGAAAUCGACCCAUAGGCAGAGGCAUGAGCUGGACUUCAUGUUUCCCUCAAAGCUUCUCCAGUGGAUGGCACAUGAAGACUCCGGGCUGGUGCCACAGGACGCCCAAGACGGUUGCCCGCCAUUUUGCUUGUUCAUUGGAGAUGCUCUGGCCAACCGAAUCCUUUCUGAUA